AUACACACAAAGGCUCGGACGUUGAAGAAUAGGCUAGGGUUAAAACACACCGUUCUGGUCGUAAACGUAACUCGACGCCUUAAGAACGCUAAGAGAGCCGAAAUCACUAGUAAUAACACACAGCUCCUCCCACAAGUCGAUCCCGACAAUCUCCUUGACGUAGAGGGUGUUCCAGCCACUCUGGGCGACUUUUGGUCGAUGGACGGGAUGUAUCAUAACGCGACAUUCGCCAGCUCGCCACGAACCUUGGAAUGGAGUCGGACAAGGUCGCAUACCCCAAGCUCAUGCAACAAGCGUUUGAGCGGAUUGCCGGGGCUUCUUACUGAAAUCAUGACAUAG